AUGCCGUACGAGUCUUCGAGAAUGCAGGACCAGGUAGACGGCUUCCGAGAAGCGCCAGAAACGGAUCCAUCUUGGGAGACUCCGCCGCCAUAUGAAGUGCACUCGUCGGGCUCUGUGCUGGCGAGCUCAGCAGCUGUCAAUGGCGAUGUCCAGCCUUUCAUCGCACUAGGCACGGCGCUGCAAAGAGCAGGCCACAGGGUGCGACUGGCGACACACGACACAUUCGCAGAUUUCGUGCGCUCGUCGGGGCUGGAGUUCUACCCCAUCGGUGGGGAUCCUGAAGAUCUCAUGUCCUACAUGGUCAAAAACCCUGGCCUUAUCCCCUCUAUGGAGGCCCUCCGAGGCGGCGACAUCCCCCGCAAACGCCGGCCCUUUGUCGCGGACACCAUCAUCGCGAACCCCCCUAGCUUCGCGCAUAUACACUGCGCUCAAGCGCUAGGAAUCCCUCUACACAUGAUGUUCACCAUGCCGUGGACGGCUACGCGAGCAUUCCCACACCCGUUGGCAAAUGUCAAGACUCACAACAUGGAUCCCAAAACCUCGAACUACUUGAGUUAUGGGGUUGUGGACCUGAUGACAUGGCAAGGGUUGGGCGAUGUGAUCAACUCAUGGAGGGCAUCAUGUCUGGAACUCGAGCCGCUGCCCGCGGCGGUCGGCCCUGAUAUCAUCGACCUGAUGAAGGUACCCUACACGUAUUGCUGGUCUCCAGCUUUGGUCCCGAAACCGAGCGACUGGGGCCCGAGAAUAGAAAUCUGCGGCUUUUUCAUGCGAGACGAACCUUCAUUCACCCCUCCCCCGGAACUCGCCGCCUUUCUAGCGAACGGCCCUAAGCCGGUGUACAUCGGCUUCGGAAGUAUCGUACUUGAUAAUGCGACGGAAAUGACGGCAAUAUUGAAAGAGGCAUGCAGGAUCGCUGGCGUCAGGGUCAUCAUCUCUCGUGGCUGGAGCAAGCUUGGUGGAGACGAGCCGAACACUGACUCUGUGUUUUAUCUCGGAGACUGCCCGCACGAGUGGCUUUUCAAGCGUGUGGCUGCCGUUGUACAUCACGGCGGUGCAGGCACCACGGCCUGUGGCCUCGUGAACGGUAUUCCAACGACAAUCGUCCCCUUCUUUGGCGAUCAACCCUUCUGGGGCGGUGUUAUCGCGUCGAACCGCGCAGGGCCCCCACCGAUCAGCUACAGAGCGCUCUCUGUCGAACGCUUGACCGGAGCCAUCCAGUACUGCCUCAGCCCGGAGGCACAGAAUGCGGCGGAGGCUAUUGCGGGCAAGAUGCGACAGGAGUUUGGUGUUAGGCGUGCAGUAGAACUGUUUCAACAACAGCUCCCGCUAGAUGACAUGCGCUGCGAUGUCCUUCAUGGUGAGGUCGCCAGGUGGCGCUACCAGCACAAGGGAGAGAAGGUAAAAGCAGCGACCGAUAUUCUGAAAAUCUCGGAUGCUGCAUUGGCUGCGCUAUUGCGAUCCAAAAAGCUGAAGAUGUCUGAUGUGAAACCUUACCGACCCAAGGAGUAUAUCGUCGAUAACAAACGGUGGGACCCACUGACUGCAGGAGCUUCGUCGGUGCUGGGCACCAUCACAGACUUUACCACUGCUCUGGGUGGUACCUUUAUCGACCCCUUCAGGGAGAUGAAGCGCGUGCGUGGGGACGAAUCUGAAAACUCCUCCGUGGGGUCCACUGCCGCGGCGGCCGCAGGUCGCGGUGUCAAGGGGAUGACAACCUCGCUUGUGAAGGGAACACUCGUGGACGUACCCCUUGCACUGACCGAAGGAUUGAAAGCAGUGCCGCGACUGUACGGCGAUUCCGUAACUGACCAUGGGCCCGUCACGGAUUGGAAGUCUGGAGGGGUUGUGGCUGCAAAGAACUUUGGAUCUGGUUUCUAUGCAGGUAUCACCGGCGUCGUCACGAAACCUCUGGAAGGGGCCAAGAAAGAGGGCGCAUUUGGCUUUUUCAAGGGUGUAGGAAAAGGUUCAAUGGGUCUCGUUACCAGACCUGGCAGUGUCCAGACCCUCGGCUACGGCGGAAGAAUAAUGUCGCAUUUCGAUGAGGAGGCUAUCGGACCAUUCGUUGUCCAAUCCAUGUUGAUUCUUGUGGCUCCAGCUCUCUUUGCUGCGUCGAUCUACAUGAUUCUUGGUCGAAUUAUUCAAGCCCUCCACGCUGAACAUCUCUCUCUUAUUCCAGUCAAAUGGCUGACCAAGAUCUUCGUCAUUGGAGAUAUCGUAUCUUUCGUGCUGCAGGCUGGUGGAGGCGGUAUACAGGCAGUCGGCACCCUUGAGCUAUAUGAACUUGGCGAGAAGAUCAUUAUCGUCGGCCUCUUCGUCCAGAUUGUUAUCUUCUCCGUUUUCAUGAUCGUGACCAUCACGUUUCAUACUCGAUUGUCUGCCGCCCCAACGCCAUCGGCAGUUGUCAACACAAUCUCCUGGAGACGUCAUCUUUAUGUCCUCUACACGACUAGCCUUUUAAUUCUUGUCCGAAGCGCCUUUCGCGUGGUCGAAUAUUUGCAGGGCAAUGGAGGAUAUUUGAUCUCUCACGAGAUUUGGAUAUACAUUUUCGACGCUGUAUUGAUGGCUCUCGCCAUGGCGAUCCUGGCGGUUUGGUAUGUCGGAGAUCUUGAACAACGUAAUGUCGUGUAUGAGGAGCCCGUGGCAAUCAGCUCUAGUACGGCGGACAUUAACGAGCAUUUCUAUAGUCGACAGCCCAUUGAGUUGAAAAGCUUGGUGUAG